AUGUGGCGAUUUGCCACCUACUACCGUCCAAGUCCUCACUACUUACGUCACAUCAACAAUAACAACAGUCUUCCUCGUCUGAAUAUUGACAUGUCCGGGUCCGGCGUAUCCCAGGCAUCCCUCCUCGGCCUCAAGGCUCUCACAGCCGAACACGCCGAUCGCUUCAAGAAGGAGGGCCGCACCGCUGUCAAGGGUGCACGCAAGGACCGCCCAGAAAAGGUUGCGCGCGACCCCUUUGACCGUCCGAGCCCUGGUCUUGUGAAGCGUCUUGCGCGCGAAGCACGCAACGACGCCAAGCGACGGCACUUUGCCGAUGACCCCGACGGACCGACUCGCAAGAGGUGGAGAAGGGCUCAGCGAGCGCGAACUCGCCGAAGCAACAAUAGACGUGAGCUGUCUCUUACUCGGUGCUUAGCUGACCCUCAGUUCGACCGGAAACGAGAUGAGUGGAGUGACCACUCGAGCGACGUCGAUGAGUCGGCGUUGGAAGCACGGGCACCCGAGGAGUUCGACACGCUGGAUGGCAACGACCAGGUCGAAUAUGUCGAUGAGCUAGGACGAACGCGGAUGGGGACGAGGAAGGAAGCCAUUGCGGCGGAGAGAGCGAAGGGCGAAGCUGGGCCAUCACGGAAUGACGAACCUCUGGUUGGCGAGUCCGCAUACGCUGAAGUCAUUUCAUCCACGGCGACCAGCACCACUUCCCCGUGUACCAGCCAGACCACGAAGCGCUGCGGCAAAAGUACCUGGAGGCAGAGCGCGAAGCGCGGCAACACCACUACGACUCGACAAAGGAAGGUGAGCUUGGGUGUCCGGGAGAUGAAGCUGACAACAGUCCGUACCCGAGGUGCCGGGGCGUACCAGUUCAGCCUGGACGAAGAAGAGCGCGCGAAGCAAAUGGCAAGUCUCGACGCCGAGCGCCGCACGACUGAGCAGGCACGCGGCAAGACAGCUGCUCGCGGUAUGACGCCCGCCCAGGAAGCAAGGAAACGGCGGCUGGAAGAACGCCGGGCCCUCGUCGAGGCGAAGAGGGCCAAACUCCUCGGCGGAGCAGACAAGGUCGCCGCGCUGCGUGCUCAGAGGCAGGCGGAGCGCGCCGAAGAGUUCCUCAAGGACUUUGAAAGGGAGCUGUAG